CGCUGUCAUAACAAGAGGUCUCGGUACGGGAUGCAACUUGAAUAACUUAAAUUUUCCCCCACCACGAAAACCAGUCAUCAGCUUUCACCAUGCAGGCCACAGCGAUGUUCGCCAGGGUGACUUUCUACCCCACACUUCUCUAUAAUGUUCUGAUGGAGAAGGUGACCAGCCGGCGAUGGUACGAUAGGAUGGAUGACACUGUUAUCCUGGGAGCUCUACCGUUUCAAGGAAUGACAAAACAGUUAAUCGAGGAAGAAAAUAUAAAAGGGGUCGUCUCUAUGAAUGAAACUUAUGAAUUAAAGAUAUUUUCAAAUGACGCUGAGAAAUGGCGCGAACACGGCGUGCAGUUUCUGCAGCUGGCCACUACAGACAUCUUCGAAGCUCCCGACCAAGACAAGCUAUAUGAGGGUGUACGAUUCAUCAAUCGCUUCCUGCCAGCUGAGAGCAAGCCCAGUAGCGAGCAAGGCCGCGUGUACGUGCACUGCAAGGCGGGACGCACGCGCAGCGCCACGCUCGUCGGCUGCUACCUCAUGAUGAGAAACGGCUGGUCUCCACAGGAAGCGGUGGAACAUAUGAGAAUGAGGCGCCCCCACAUCCUACUACACACCAAACAGUGGCAAGCACUCGAUAUAUUCUACAAGAAACACGUACAGACGUAAUUACCUACCAUAGAUAAUAUACUGUAUAGAUAAAUUAUUAUAACUUAAACCAUAGACAAUGUUUUGACAAUUGCUUCACUUUCUAUAUUAGAAAGUGAUUUUGAUGCCAAAAUAAACUGAACUUCAAUAAAGAAAAUAUUAUAUUAAAUCACAACAAUGUUU